UUUAAACAUGAAGAAAUUUGGCCUAAGCCUUGAAAUCCCAAGUGAUGAAGAAAAAGAAGCCCAAGAACCCGCCCAGCAACUAGACACUUAUGAAAGCCACGAAAGCGAAGACUAUCAAGAAGGUGAAGAGAGUGAAGAAGAACCAAGCCGAGAGAUAGAAGAAAAUUUAGGAUUCCAGAAUACAAAUGGUCAUGAACAAACUUCGGACCAAGAGGAAAGUGAUAUCCUUUUAGAGCCAAAACCUCCUGCUGUAGGGACAAAGCCAACAGGCUUUGGGUUUGGAGGUAAACCAGGCCUCAGCCUUAAUGUAGAAGAUAGCGACGAGAAAGAAUCCCAGCCAGAAGAGAUACAAAUUGAAGAGAAAAAUCAAGAUUCUGCUGAAGCGCCAAUUGACGAUGGGAUUCAAAUUGAAGGAGUCGAAUCUACAGGAGAUAUCUCUUAUAAAUGGGUCGAAGCACUUAAGAAUAUUCAGAUUGUUGAAAAAGCAAUCCCUUUUAGCCAGUUUUACAAAAGCUUUGCUCUGAGAGAAACCUCGAGAGAAUUCAAGCUCAUCCGCAGGUUGACAGAGACCGAAUUUCAUAGGAGUCAAAUAAUCAAGCGGAAGAAAGGAAAGGAUAGAUAUAGUGAUCUUGGACCUUUCAAGCACUCCCAAGUAAAAUUACGAUCGAAUACGAAAGUAUUUGAAGCAGAGGUUGAUAACUAUAUCAAUGCGAAUUACAUCAAAAGUGCAACUCAAAGGAACCUCUUCAUCGCUACUCAGGGUCCGCUCGAAACAACCUUCCUUAACUUCUACAGAAUGGUUUGGCAAGAGAAAGUUUCUCUAAUUUUCAUGCUCUGUCCCCUCAUGGAGGAUGAAAAGAAGAAAUGUUCAGAGUACUGGCCUCACGAAGGGACUGAGAAAACCCUUAACAUUGACGACCAAUUCCUCAUCACAUUCGAAGAGGUGGUUGAAUCCUCUGAGGAAAUCAUUAACAAGUGAUGAAAGAUUAGAAAACUCAAGAUCAAGAACAUUGCUAAAAAUGAAGAAAGGAUAUUUACUCACUACAACAUGCUUUCUUGGCCUGACUUUGGGACUCCAGAGGAGAACGAAUACACUAUAAUAGAAGAUAUUGUAGCAAAGAUCCAAGAGAUAGAAGAUAAUGAGAAGAGUAAGGAGAAAAUUAUUGUCCAUUGAUCAGCAGGGAUAGGCAGAACCGGAACCCUCAUCGCCAUCUACAAUUGAGUAUGAACCAUAGAGCACUAUAUUAAAACUGAUAAUAUCAAGAACGGAAAGUUGUCCAUAUUUGCUGUAGUCAGAAGGCUAAGAGAGCAAAGGUUCCAUAUGGUACACAAUGAGCUCCAAUAUCACUUUAUAUACCAGUUCAUCCAUCAUUAUUUUAAUAUGAAAGAGAUUGAUGACACUGAGACUUAUAUCAGACCUUGAGAAAUGGAGAAAAAUAAAACUAAAAUAAAAUCUCAAUCUGAAGAAGAACCUGAGACUAAGUCAAACUAUAGCAAUUACUCCUAUGAAGGAGAGAGUAAUAGAUCUGGUGAGGAAAUGGUAGAAAGCAAGCCUGUUAUCUAUGAUGAUGAAAUUGAAAACCCUGAUUUGCAGCUUGAUCUAUUGAACAAACCUCCACCAAUCCAGAGAAACAAGAAGCCUCCGAUGCUAUUUUAAGUGAUAAAUUCAAUAACUUUUCCUCAAAA